UUUGCAGCUCUACUGCCAAAAUCUACGGAGAAAAAAAUCUAAAACGUAUAACAACCAUUAAUUGCACAUUAAGAGCGCAAGUAAUUAGUGGAAUACAUUCCACUCAUUCAUCAUGGAUGACGAGACACAACUGAAACAAGGAACAGAUAAGCGCAUAGGUAGUUCGCUGGAUGACGGUCCACCCGGCGUGGAUGGCAAUGAUGCUAGCGAAAAAAUCGAGGCUCCAGCAGCCGCUGCGCUUGCACCUCGCAAAACGAAGUCAAAUUCACGUCGACGCUCAACAUCUCGACGUCGCUCCAGCUCGCGCCACGCUUCUUCACCCGUGCGUCGCAGGCGCUCUCAUACUCGAUCACCGACGCCGCCACCGUCACGCCGAGGACGCUACGAUUCACCGGACUAUGGCCGCUAUCCGCCACGGCGUCGCUUCGAGCGACGACGCUCACCAGAUCGUCGACGUUCGCCCCCACGACGUGGUCGACGAGACCGUUAUGGUAGAUCCCGAUCGCGUUCGCGCAGCGGCUCACCGCCACGACGAGGUGGAGGUCGCGGGGUUAGUCCAGUGUCUCGCUGGUCACCUAAAAAGAAGCCAGCUUCGCCGCCGCUGCCAAACCAAGCAGCACUUGCCCAGCAACAGCUAGGUCAUCCUGUCCAGGCUACAGCUUACGGAGUCAUGCCAGCGCCAAUGUACGGUCAAGCAGCGUACGGUGCACCAGAUGUAUAUGGACACCAGUAUGGCAUGGCGCCACCAAAUGCCUUUCCGCCGCCGGGACCACCACCAGGCUAUAUGCAAGGCCCGCCGCCCGCACAGGCUGCUAACUUCAACACGGGCUACGGCGCCUGGGGCGUAAAUGAAUACGGACAACAAGUCUGGCUGCCGCAGCCUUUGGGCGCUGUACCGACAGCAACACCUGAGCCAUUGGCAACGCAGCAGAUUGCACCACAGCAGCAGCAGCAACAGCCGCCCGCGGCAGUCAUUAUGGAGGAGCAACCAACUCCGGCGCUUGAGAGCGCAGGUUUGCCACCACAGGACGCUGUGGCACAGGAGGCGGAAAAUCAAAAGGAAGAACUGAAAAAGCAACGCACCAACUACGUGAAGAAGGUUUCGCUGCUCAAGAAGGAAAUGAAAGUGUUGAAGGACCAGCGGAACGAUCUGACAGCUGGCGAUGCACCACCAUCGCCAACAACAAAGAAUUUCAUUGAGGAGAACGAUCGUCUUCAGGUUCAAAUCAAAAAGAAACUGGACACAAUUGAGAACGUUAUAGACAUGUUGAAUGGCAUCAUUGGCGACGAGGAGGCCGACGAAGAUUCGGAAGUCACGCCCAAAAAGGAGUCGGAGCCCGCAAUCGGUAAAUUAGGUCAAGCACCAGCCGAUGCUUCCACCACGACAAGCGAUAGCUCUGAUAGCUCAGAUUCCAGUUCAUCCUCAAGCAGCUCGUCUGAGUCGUCUUCAGAAGAGGAGGAGAAAAGCGACGAAGAGAAUGGCACGGGUGACGGCAGUCCCACAAAUCGUCUGAAGAAUCGCGCCAUGAAAACAAUGAAGGCAAAACAACGACAGGCGGCACCGCAAUCCAAAUCUUCUGCACCGCAAACGCAAAACUAUAAUUAUGUAUUCUUUGAUCCCGAGCAGCAUUGGUGUGAAAGUUGCAAUGUGUUCCCAAAAACGGCGCGCGACUAUCUAAAGCAUCUGCAUGCCGAGGAGCACAUGAACAGAGAGACCAUGGAGACGCCCUGGCACGUGGGCAUCGAUCAUGAUCCGUAUCCCACUUACGAUAAGGCGCCCAUCAAGCGUGUACCUGUGCGUGGUCUGCAAUUUCUCGUUCCCGCUAGUGCUUGGUAUUGCAAGUUGUGCAGCGUUUGGAUUGGCGAUUUGCACUGCGCCUCGGUGCAUUUGAAAUCUCUUACGCACUCCAACAGAUAUGAUUUGUUCUUGAAGAAGCAGCCGAACUACGAGAGCGAGUUUUUAAGUAAGCGCGAACGGGCCCAGCAGCAGCAGCAGCAAAAGGAAAGCGAGGAGGCCAAGCACAAGAAGGCCAAGAAGGAGGAUGAGAAGAGCUCCUCAAAGAAGCGUAAGAAGAAGAGCAGCGAAAAGAAGAAAAAGAAGCGGAAGCACGGCAAGAAGCAUAAGCGAAGUGCGAAUGCAGGAAACAGCUCAUCCGGAUCGUCGGAUAGCUCUUCAUCGGAUGAAGCUGAUGAGGUGCAGCCACCAAAGAAGGCACAGGCCACAGCAGAGGUUGCUCCAUCAACCAAUGCUUCAUCAAUACGUGUGGCAAUGCGUAAACAGGAUGCGACUGUGCCGGCUAAGGUGGAGACGGUGCCCGAGGUGGUGCCACCGCCACCGCCCUUCAUAAAGGAUGCAUUCAAAGAUGCAACAGAACGUGGCAAAUGGACGACCGCGAACAAUGAACCGAAAGAGAAAGAAGAAGACCAGAAGAAGCGCGACGAUGCGAUGAUGCAACAAUGGAACACAGUGCAGCCAGUCAUAAGCGAGAGCGAGAAGAAGCUGCUCGAGCAACUCAAGGGCAAACUGAAAAGCAAAUCUCGCCCGGCCGAUGAGAAUCGAAGUUCGAAUGCUGCUAGCGAUGAGAAGUCACGACGGACCGCUUCGAAGCGACGCAGUCCAUCCCCACGAAGUGGAAGCCGUGGGCGCACAGAUCGUGAUCGACGUGAUCGUGAACGUGAUCGCGAACGCGAUCGUGGUCGUGAUCGGGAUCGGGAACGCGAUCGUGAGCGGGAUCGUGAGCGAGAGCGAGACCGUGAUCGCGACCGACGGCGUUCUCGCAGCAGGUCGCGCAGUCGUGGCCGUAGGCGCAUCUCCCGUUCUCCAGUGCGCGGUGGUCGACGCAGUCGCUCACGUGAUGCUCGCUGGCGUCGCAACAGUCGUAGCCGCAGCCGCAGUCGUAGCCACUCGGAGGAGCGCGUCGAGCGGCCAGUCGUCAAGCAUCCAGAGUUUCGCCCGCGUCAAUUGCCCGAACGCAAGCAAAACGAAACUAAACGUGAUAAAAAGGAGCCAGCGGCUAAGCCAAAAGUCACCAAGAGCAGUACGAGCGCCACAGUCGCCGCUACGGGCAAGAAGUUGCCGUUCAUUGGUAAAAUGCCCGUGCUGAAGAAGCAGCCAGCUGCUUCGACAACUGCUACAAAUUACAACGAUCCGAGCGGCUACACCAAUGGCAACAUUGAGAAUAUACCGGUGGGGCCACCUCCGCCGCCGCCUCCGACAGUGAUGGGCAUGGCGAACGCAGUGCGUCAGAAUGCGCCGACAGCGGCACAGAUUCAGAUGGCAAUGAUGGAGGAUGCCUAUGGUAAUGCGCCACCUUUUCAUCCCGAUGCCGGCAUGAUGAUGGACUAUGAUGAGCUAAUGCCGGAUCCAGUGCAGUUUGCCAAUUUGAUGACACACUGCCCGCCACCGCCGCCGCCUGGCAACAGUGCCAGUGCGGCUGGUACCGACUCCCUGGAUGCAGAUCAACUGGCUAACGAUGAGAACGGUGAGGACGAUGUGCUGCCACCGGGCAUUGAUGAGGCUGAGACAGAUCUGGUACCGCAGCCGCUGGUUGCGACGACGCAAACUCGCGACGGCGAGCUGCCCAAAGACUUGGCCGAAGCUCUCGAUAUUAUAUUCCCUGCAGAUAGAUCAGCUGACGACGAACCCCAUCAGAGCAACCAUACACCAGCUGUCCCGCAAACCAUAACCACCAUCGUGGAGGAUGAACCUGUUCUAGACGAGCACAACUUGCAGGAUUUGGCUAAGCAGGGCAUACAUCUGGUCUCCAUCGAGGAGACCACAUCCAGCUCAAUGCCAGGCUCAGCACUUGACGACGCACUCCAGUCGAAUGAUUCAGCCAUGCAAAUCAGCGCCGAUGAGUCCUCCCAGGGUGUCUACCAAAAAGCAAACGGCAAUGCGGAGAGUACAAUUAGUCUCAAAGAGAUGGCGGCGCAAGAUAUACCCAUGCCUGGCUCACUGCCAGCUGAGCCCGCAGCCGAAGCCAAUGCCAAGGCCGAGGAACUGUUCAAUGUGAGCGACAUACCCCAGCCGCCCGACUCGCCGACAGACAGUGAAAAAAUGCGCCGCCAGUCGGAGCUGGACGAAUUGGCAAUGCUGGGCAUCGACAGCAGUGACAUGGCAGCUCAAUAUGCGUUGUAAGCUCUGACUUGACCACUUGGCCAAGAAACUGGCUGCAGAUGACGCCAUCAGCAGCCGCUCCAUAUCUGGCUUAAUCGCAACGCAACGGGGCAACAAGGGACAGCGCCCAGAUCUAAUUCAUUUUAUUAGUUUUACUUUAUUCCUAUGUAUGCCUGUGUUUAUCUGACGAAAUGUUCUCAAUAAAUGCACAUAUAUGUAUGUAA